CCACACCACCGACAUCUCCGCCGCAGGCCGCAGGCCGCAGCUGGAUUGCAUAGGCGUCGCCAUGCCAGCGCGAGACCCGCCACCGCUGCCCUCGCACCGCCACCCCCGCGCCCGCGCGUCGCUGACCCCCGGGCCCGCGGUUGGACCCCGACCCCUCCCUAGCUCCGCGCGUCAUUGACCCAUGUGGGCGGACGCCUUAUUUUUAGGAGGCGAGAGCGAGAGUGCCCACCGGAACCAGCCCGCGGCACGGCAGAUCGAUUCGAUCCUUUUCCAUCCCGCGGUGGCAGAAAUCCCUCACGCCCCUCGCCAUCUUUAGCUCGAGCCCCACCUCCCAAUCUCCGGUCCCCGGCCAUUAAAGCCCGGCACCGCAGCGUCCGUUCCGUCCCAUCCCAUCCCAUUCCGCCGCCCCUGAUCCGUCCGCCCGCCCGAACCGACCAUGACGGUGUCGCCGACACCGGCGCCAUCGCCGCUGCUGCCGCCGGCGGGGGAGCCGUUCCGCGUGUUCGUGGGGUACGACCCGCGGGAGCACGAGGCGUACGAGGUGUGCCGCCGCAGCCUGCUGCGGCACGCCUCGAUCCCGCUCGACGUGCGCCCCGUCCGGCAGCCGGACCUCCGCGCCGCGGGGCUCUACUGGCGGACGCGCGGGCCAACCGAGAGCACCGAGUUCUCCUUCACGCGCUUCCUCACCCCCUACCUCGCGGGCUACCGCGGCUGGGCGCUCUUCGUCGACUGCGACUUCCUCUACCUCGCCGACGUCGCGGGGCUCCUCGCAGCCGCCGCCCCGCCGGGCGCCGACGCGGCCCGCCUCGCCAUCGCCUGCGUCAAGCACGAGUACAAGCCCGCCGAGGCCACCAAGAUGGACGGCGCCAUCCAGACGGUGUACCCGCGCAAGAACUGGUCCUCCAUGGUGCUCUACAACUGCGCCCACCCCAAGAACGUCGCCGCGCUCACGCCCGACGCCGUCAGCACCCAGACCGGCGCCUUCCUCCACCGCUUCGCCUGGCUCGACGACGACGAGAUCGGGGAGGUGCCCUUCGUCUGGAACUUCCUCGUCGGCCACAACAGGGUCGACCCCGCCGACCCGGACACGCGGCCCAGGGCCAUACACUACACCUGCGGCGGGCCGUGGUUCGAGCGGUACAGGGACUGCGAGUUCGCCGACCUCUGGAUCAAGGAGGCCGAGGAGCUCAGGGCCGAGAAGGAGAAGCUCAAGCUCCUCGAGGACAAGGACGCCAAGGAGGAGGGCAAGAACAAGGAGGGGAAUUGAUCGACCGGUUGGUCAUACUGCAUUAGAUUGGUUCGUUUUGUGCUGCAGAAAUCUCGUUCUUUUUCUCCUCGACAUUCUAUUCAUUUCACGCGCCAAUGUAGUUUAUUUCGUGGAUCUGAUCUGUUGAUACUGAUAUGUCGGGAGAUUAGGAUUGGAUGGGUAGGCUAUGAGUAAAUUGAUGGUAGUAUAUGUAGCUUCUGUGUUGCUGCAAUUGGUCGGUUCUAUGACUGCUCAUCGUUAAGGAAUAACAAUCGUAUUUUUUCAGCAUUGCCCCGACAAUGAUAUGAUCUGUUCAUUGAUUCUGGUGGUGCUGUUUCUGAUGACGUUGAACCCCGCCUCCUUGGUAAGGAAUGUCAAUCUGGCGCUGGGAAAUUUGGUAAGCCAUGGGGGGAAUAUGAUCCCUUUCUUCCUCUGCAUUGCUGAAAUGAAACAAACAGGAUCUGGUGUCCCGCUCCCA